GGGACACACACCGCACCGCUCACGCGCCUCAGCGGGGAGGACGAACACGGCAGAGCACGCGAGGCCAGACACUCGCCUUCACACAAAACACACACACACGUCCGCUGAUAUUGUUGAAGAAAUUGCGUCACUGCAGCCACAGUCGGACGAGUAGAGUCUGUCUGGUUCAUCGAAAAUACUCGAAUGCUUCGUAGAGUUGCUACGCAGAGGGAGGCUAACGAAUGCAGGAGAGCAUCUGUCUGUAGCGGAAGAGGAGAACAUCGGAGGCUGAGCAGCAUCUCUCGUCGGUUGUGUUUCGAGCGCGCGCGCGCGUGAGUGUGUGUGUGUGUAACCUCAAUGAGCUCAUUCGCUGCACGCGACGGGGGAAAGCGCACCCUCCGAUGUCGCCAUCGUCGCACACGACUCCUGUAGCGCGCACGCGGAGAGAGGCGGCGGCGCGCCGCGGGUGAUGGAUGCCGCGGUACCGCGGCGGUGAAACCGGACACUCAGCGCAGCGGUAGUCGCACGCAGCUGAGCUAAAGCGCCGGAGGGGAGGCUCUCUUCGCUCGGAAAACAAGGCUUCUGUCCGGCCGGGGCUGGCCAGCCAUGGCUUUGGUGACCCUGCAGCGGUCCCCCACCCCCAGCGCCGCGUCCACGGCCAGCACCGCUACCACGAAUGCGGGGGAGGAUUUUGGAAGCGAUGAUGAACGCCGACUAAACCAGAGCCUGAGCGAGAGCUUCUUCAUGGUGAAGGGCGCAGCCCUCUUCCUGCAGCAAGGGAGCAGUCCACAGUCCCAGAAGGCCCACCCCCACCACAAGCAUGCAGGUGAGCUGCCUCAGCACCUGCAGGUGAUGAUAAACAUCCUCCGCUCUGAAGACCGAAUCAAACUAGCAGUGCGUUUGGAGAGCGCAUGGACGGACCGCGUGCGUUACAUGGUGGUGGUUUACACUAAUGGUCGACAGGACACUGAGGAGAACAUCUUGCUCGGCAUGGAUUUCACCAACAAGGACAGUAAGAGCUGCUCCAUUGGGAUGGUUCUGCCACUGUGGAGUGAUACCAAGAUCCACCUGGAUGGGGAUGGGGGUUUCAGUGUGACCACAGCAGGACGCACACACAUCUUCAAGCCAGUUUCUGUACAAGCCAUGUGGUCGGCGCUGCAGAUCCUCCACAAGGCGUGUGAGGUGUCACGCAGGUACAACUAUUACCCAGGUGGUAUAGCACUUACAUGGAUGGGCUACUACGAGAGCUGCAUUGCCUCUGAGCAGAGCUGCAUCAAUGAAUGGAAUGCCAUGCAGGACCUGGAGAGCACACGGCCGGACUCACCCACCAUGUUUGUGGACAAGCCGACAGAGAGGGAACGAACAGAGUGCCUUAUCAAAGCCAAACUCCGGAGCAUCAUGAUGCUCCAAGACCUGGAGAACGUCACCUCCAAAGAGAUCCGCAAUGAGCUGGAGCAGCAGAUGAACUGCAAUCUGAAAGAGUAUAAGGAGUUCAUUGACAACGAGAUGCUCCUCAUCUUGGGCCAGAUGGACAAGGCUACGCUCAUCUUUGACCACGUCUACCUGGGGUCAGAGUGGAAUGCCUCCAACCUAGAGGAGCUCCAAGAUUUGGGAGUGGGCUACAUCCUCAAUGUCACGAGAGAGAUCGACAACUUCUUCCCAGGCACAUUCGCUUAUCACAACGUCCGAGUUUAUGACGAGGAGGCUACCGACCUGCUGGCUCACUGGAACGAGACCUACAACUUUAUCGUUAAGGCAAAGAAGAACCAGUCCAAGUGCCUGGUGCACUGCAAGAUGGGCGUGAGCCGCUCUGCCUCCACGGUCAUCGCCUAUGCGAUGAAGGAGUAUGGCUGGUCGCUGGAUAAGGCCUACAACUUUGUGAAGGAGAAGAGAAGCGUUGCACGCCCCAACAAUGGCUUCAUGAGGCAGUUGGCUGAAUAUGAGGGCAUCCUCGAUGCCAGUAAGCAACGGCACAACAAGCUUUGGCGGCCCGACCCAGACGGCGAGCUUUCUGAGGGCCCUCUUGCUUCGGCCCCCUGCUGUGGACCUGACGACCCUGAGGAAGUGACCCCUGAGCCAGGCUUCAUGCCAUGCGAUGAGGCUUGGGGUGGCGAGGGAGCACGCGCGUCCCCGUGCCGGGGCAUUGGACUGGAGGUGGACCCCUCGGACCCACCCAAUUACAACUACUACUUCCGCCGGCUGUCAGACUCGGCGCUAGAUAGCGACCCUUCUACACCAGUGCGUGCCCCGCCACUGCUGGACGUCGACCGUGUCUUCAUUGCUAUUGAGGAUGUGGAGCGGGAUGCAUUACUGGAUGAUGGUGGCUUCGAGGGCCGCGAGUGCCCCCUGCCUCACUUUGGCCCGCCUGGUGAGGGCACAGCCGCCCAGACCUGCGGUCGCCCUGAACCCUUGGAGGAGCUGCGCAUGCGAUUGGAGUUCAGCACCGUAGAGGAGGAGGAUGAAGAGGAGGCGCAGAAGGAGGAGGCGGAGAUGGAGGCGCUGGCACGACCCCGGGGAGGGGUGUCUGAUGAUGAGGGAGAGGAGAGCGCACUGGGGUCUCAGCCUUUCUCGCUGAUGAGCCAGCUGAACCGCUUCAAUGAGAAUGCCAACAACAACAACAACAGCCUGAGCUGCAAGCGUCACUUCCACGAUGGUGCCAGCAGCAGAAGUCCUUAUAAAGUCAAGCCUUUGUAUGUGGCCAUGCAGGCCCCACUCAGUUUGCGCUGUGAUCCAAUGGCAGUGGACCGCGGGCAUCGCCUUAACUCCGCUCGUCCUGCUGUUGUCCCCAGCAUCCCCAGAAACGUGUCCCCCCUCCCCGGGCUACUGCAGCCCCCUGGCUCCCACUGCCCCGAAGCUGACCCUCCCUGCCCACGACCGCCAUCGCCCAUGAGCUGCGAGGAGGCACCACCACCACGUGAGACAUCCUGCCCCCUGGAGGUAGACGAUAUGAGCGAGGCCCUAGAGGAGCAGCAGGAGAACACCAGUGAAAGGCAAGGGCCACUAGGGGGCACUGUCACAGACCUGGCCUUACUGAAGCUCAGCCUGGAGGCUGGGAGGCAAGCAGCACCAGGGUACCUCACUCAGCACCAGGAGUCCCUGAUGCAGCUGCAGUGUGCCGGCCUAGUGCGCAAGCACACCGAGAAGCUGGAGAAGCUGGCAGGCCUCGCCCUGGAGGCGCCCCUGCCGGAGCAGAUGGAUACUGGGGACCUUGUGGAGGACAUGGAGGUGGACUCGGGCCUCCUUGUGGAGCCCUACCUGCUAGCCUCGACGCCCCUGGUGGGCCGCCCGCUGGCUGGCGAGCCGCUGAAGAGCACGUCUAGCUCGCCGCACGGCUCCACACUCACCCGCAGCUCCAGCAGCGACAGCCUCCACAGCGUGCGCGGGAAGCCGGGCCUCGUGCGCCAGCGCACCCAGGAGAUCGAGGCCCGCAUGCGGCUGGCUGGCCUCACCCUCCCAUCUCUCCUCAAGCGCUCCAAUUCCCUGGCCAAGCUGGGUUGCCUCACCUUCUCGUCGGAGGACCUGUCCUCUGCCUGCUCCUCGAACGCUGGCACCCUUCUGCUCUCCCCAGAGCCCGACAUGGGUCCCAGAUGGCAGCGGUCCAGCGCCUUGUACCUUCGGGUUGGCACACGGGGCUCACCGCUAGGGAGUCCCAGGAGCUGACGCCGUGUGGAACGCUGACAAGAGAGGGGCACCGGGGGACUGUCAUUGUGCCUCCUCUUGAUCUAAUGACGGAGGGGAGAGGAACGGCUCAUUGAGGAUUGGCGCUGUGAUAUGUGUACAUAUAUGAAAUAUAUGUAUAUUAAUGUAACUCCACACCAUAUU